AUGUCGGAGCGACUGAACGCUGAAGAAAAAACAACCAGAACGCCGCCGCCAAUCCCGGCUAAACCAAAAGAUCUCAAAGCCGUUGUACUCAAAAAGAGAGCCCAGUCGUUUUCCCCGGUUCCCAGCAGGGUCCCUUCAUCCACAGCAUCAGAAGCGGCCAGCUCAACAGAAAGCAUAGCUCUGUCGGAGAAGCCAGUUCGAAAACAACCCGAACACUAUUAUGGCAAACAGUCUGGAACCGUAGAACAAUUGGCCAGUCCAGAACCAGAGUCGACAGAGACGGCCCGGUCUGCGUCAGCGGCUCCCCCGCUACCACCGCGAAUUCCCAGCCGAACACCAUCAUACUAUGGCCAACCUGUGGCAAAUCCGCCGCCGAAUCCUACAGAAGUAUACCCAGAUUAUCAGGUAAGUCCGAGUCCUGCUCCUGCUCCACCAAUGGCUCAAGAGCCUGUUCCCCGCCCUUUGCCUCCCCAGCCGCAGCCCGCAGCAGCUCCUCCACAGCCUAUGAUGCCGCCUCCGCCAUCUAGAAAUCAAGCUUCCACGCCAGAAAAGCUAAUCUUGCGCACAAAGACAGUAAAUAGCUGGCCCCCUGCUGCAGGGGGACCCCCUAUUUCUGUCAAGCGUGGCCUUACGAGCCUAAGUAUUGACCAAGACUAUAUAUGCGCAGGUGGUGGUUCAUGUGCCAUAUAUAAUGCUCAUACUUUAGAGACGGUAUGGUCCAAAUCUACGGAUAAGGUCGUUUCGUCUGUUCAAGUUGGAAACGAGGUUUGGCUUGGUAUGCGUGAUGGCCGGAUUUGCAUCGUGGACCCUAACUUAUCCGGAUACGUUGAGGAGAAUGGAAAACAUCAUCGCCGUCCCAUUUCUCACAUGUGGUACGAUGACGGCUAUGUGCUGGCGUUGAGUAUAGAUGGAAAGCUAAGUGUUUGGAACCCAAACGAUUUGUCGCGCCCUCAUCAGGUCCAUCGCGUUAUUUCCACUUUCAAAUACGCGACCUACAAAAGCCCUUAUUUGUGGGUCAUGAAGAACCGUCAAGCAUAUGUCCACGACCCGCUUCUGCUAAGAGGAGGUUUCCAAGUCUUACCCCAUGCAAUUGAGUAUGGCGAGCGAAGCUCAUCUACCGUGGGUGAAUAUUCUUGCGGGUGUGCAGGCGGCAUUGAUGAGCCCACUGUUCUGGGCCACAACGAUGGUACCAUUUCGGUGUAUCGCAAUUUUACGUUAACCGCAACAGUGACUCUCGGCUACUCUGGUGUCUUGAGCAUAGUGAAAGCUGGACCCUACUACUGGAUCGGGCUUCGUACUGGUAGUAUUCUGGUGGUUGACCUCAUAGAGCACGAUGCAACUCUCUUAAAAGAGUGGAAAGCUCAUUCGGGACCUGUCACCAUGCUGGUUGCCUCUGAAGAAGCAGAGCUGGUUCUUUCCGGCUCAACUAAUGAUUCAGUAGGCGUGUGGGAAUCUGGUUUGCGCCAAGAUAUGAGAGCUUUGGAAAACCAAAAACAGCUCGACGAAACUGCGGCUUUCAAAGAUCUCAAGGUUCAGAUUUUCACUUGGAACGUGGGAUGUGCCAAGCCCAAUGAUGUGAACGAGCAUGUUUUCUGGCGUGAACUCAGCUCAAAAUACCCGGCAGAUAUCAUUGUAUUUGGGUUUCAGGAAGUAGUUGAGCUCGAUAACAAGUCCAAGACUGCCAAGAACCUGAUCAAAAUCGAAGAUGAUAUGGAACAUGAACACAAAGCAUGGCGGCGCUUCCUCAGCCAGCUCUUGGAAGAAGAAUAUGAACUUGCAGCAGACAGAGCACUGGUUGGUCUGUAUAGCUGCGUUUUCAUCUCACAAAAGCUUGUUGCUUCAGUAAAAAACGUGACUACCAAUGUUGUAAAAACCGGGUUCGGCGGUCUUCACGGAAACAAAGGUGCUACGGUUAUAUGCAUGGACAUUUUCGACAGCACUCUAUCUUUCGUUAAUGUGCAUUUAGCUGCUGGACAAUCAAGCACCUUGCAAAGGAAUAAAGAUGCGGAAACAAUAGUAAGUGGCGGUGAAGAACAUGAAAGGCACGCAAAGUUGCGACCACUUGACCACGAAUACUGCUUCUUUUUUGGCGACACGAAUUAUCGCAUAAACACGGUUCGGGAAAAUGCCAUCAAGCUCAUUCAAUCAAAAUCGUGGGAUAAGCUGUUUGCAUAUGACCAGCUAGGACGACAGUUGACAAAAAACCCAAGAUUCGUCUUGGCUGGCUUCCAUGAAACACCCAUACAGUUCCCUCCAACUUACAAAUUCGACGUCGGGUCAAAUCGUUAUGAUUCAAGCGACAAACAGCGUGUUCCAUCAUGGUGUGACAGAAUCCUGUAUCGGGGCUCGAGCGUGGAGCCUGUGGUAUACGACAGUUUGGAGGCGUAUGAUUCGGACCAUCGUCCUGUCAUGUGCAACCUGAAAAUAAAAGCCAAACUCUAUUUAACUAAAUGA